CUCAAAAUCAUAACAAUCGUGGGUGUUCUCUAACCUCAAAAAUUGUUUAAAAAUGUCUUAUCAAAUGCGAUAACUUUUUAUUCGUUAACAGUUCUAAAUAUUUAAUUCAAGAUCAAAUUAAGUACCAUUUAUUCAUCACUCUCACUGGAAAAACAAUGGACUUUGUUGCUGGAAAAGUGGCCCUUGUUACUGGAGGGGCCGGAGGGAUCGGUCUUGCUAUAGUUAAAAGUCUUCUUCAACAUGGCGCAAAGGGAAUAGGGAUUGUAGAUAUUUCUGACGAAACAGGACGCAAAGCUAUGGAAAUAGUUGGCCAGAAUAAAGUUAUUUUUAUAAAAGCAGACGUUACAAAGAAAUCAGAACUAGAAGGUGCUUUUGAAACUACCAUACAGACGUACAAGCAACUAGAUAUUGUAAUUAACAAUGCCGGAGUGGUCGACGAACAUGGCUGGAAAAACGCAAUAGCCCUGAAUUUGCAUAUAAAUAUUUUAGUUUUCCACAACAGUGUCAUUUCCAGACAAACCAUGACCGUUAUUGCUGGAAAAGUUGCCCUUGUUACUGGAGGAGCUGGCGGAAUUGGUCUAGCAAUGGUUAAAAACCUGGUUCAACAUGGUGCGAAGGGCGUCGCAAUAGUAGACAUUUCUGAAGAAGCAGGAUUCAGAGCUAUAAACGAAAUUGUUAAAAUUUUUGGCGAGAAUAAAGCUACUUUUAUAAAAGCAGACGUUACUGAGAAAACAGAACUCGAAGCAGUUUUCGAAACCACCAUAAAAACCUAUAACCAACUGGACAUUGUGAUUAACAAUGCUGGAAAAGUGGACGAAUUCGACUGGAAGAGUACCGUCGAACUGAAUUUGGUUGCUGUUAUCGAAGGUACUUAUCUCGCUAUGAAAAAGUACCUUCCAAAGUACAAAUCUGGAGAUGAAGGUCUUAUAGUUAAUACGGCUUCAACUUGUGGUUUCCAUACGUUCCAAGUAGCUCCGAUUUAUUGCACUACGAAACAUGGAUUGAUUGGUUUAGGGAAAGCUUUGGGUGGUGAAGAAUUUUACAAAAAAUAUCAAGUACGUGUCAUCACGAUUUGCCCAGGGUUAGUAAGCACACCGUUGUCUGAACGACCAGAUGGUUUUUUAUUCCCGGAACUGAAAGAUCUAGAAUUUAGUACCGUAAGCUUAGUAGCGCAGGCCCCGGAACGCAUAGGAGAAGGGCUGAUUGAAGCUGUCAAGAAGGGCAAAAGUGGAUCGUUGUGGAUGAUUGAAGAAGAUAAACCCGCGUACGAAGUUGUGGUACCUCACUACAAAACCAUGAAAGUUUAAGUACCUACAUAUAAUGUAGAAAAAUAUAUGUA